AUGGCACAAAAGAAUAUGUAUGCCAACAGUGCGUCUAAAGGCUUGCAGGGAAUGCAAAAGAUCCGGGUGCGACUCCCGGCCGAGAUAAACACGUUAUCAUCUCAAAAACUUUGCAACAAUAUAAACAUACAUAUUGACGUUAGGCCCCACAAAUGCGGAGAAUGUGGUAAAGCGUUUUUGUAUGGAUCGUAUUUACGUCGUCAUGAGACAAUUCAUGCAGAGCAAAAACCUUAUCAAUGCGAGUUUUGCGAAAUAUCAUUUAAUUACAAAUCGGUUCUAAAAAGACACAUAGAGGCCAAGCAUUGCAUUGAUAAAAAUUACAAGUGCAUCAUGUGUGAGAAAGCUUUCAAAACUCAGCCAGAAUUGCGUUAUCACAUAAACAAGAUUCAUUUUCAAAAACAGUAUAAAUGUAAUCAAUGUCCAUCUACAUUUGCCCAUCCUAAGAUCUUAAGAGAACACAUAAAAAUACAUACAGGCAAGAAAUCAUAUGUUUGUGAGAUUUGCGGCAAAGCUUUUACUUUUAAAAGUAACCUAAACGAUCACUGCACACAUGUACAUAGCGAUGAAAAGCCGUAUGAAUGUUUGAUGUGUGGCAAGAGUUAUAAGCGAAAAAGGGCACUUGAUGAACACAUUCGAACUGAGGGUCAUAAAAGUGACAUCACCUGUAUGACAAGAAAAGAACAAACUGCAGCUGACAAUAAAAUAGAUAAAGAACAAUUAUAA